AUGGCUCAAAACAUUCAAGGCACAUUCACUGAGUCGUCUCCAGUAAUUCAAGACGUACCAAUCCCAAUCCCUGAGCCUAUUCCUAUAGAUCAGGAUUUACAAAGCUCGAUUGUUGAAGAAGAUGUCAUCCCUUCAGAAGGAGCUCAAGCUUCAGGAAGCUCAUUUGAAAUACCCGAGCUGGACAUCUCUAAAGGCAAAAGCAAUUUGCCUGAAUCUAAAUUAGUUGAUGUGGUUCUUCUUCAGAACAGAGUCUUUGAUCUGGAACAAAGCUCUGCUGAAAAAGAUUUGAUGAUUGGAAAGCAGGACAUUCAGAUCAGCGAGCUUGAGAAAGAGAACUCCAAUAAAGAUUCAAAGAUAUCAAAACUUCAAGCAAAUCUUGGUGGUCUAACUGAUUUAUUCUUUGACCUGAAACAACACCUAUUUCAAAAGUUUGGUGAUGAAUUUUAA